AUGGCUGCAAAGGCUCAGAAGGAGGCAGACACGCAGGGCUGGGAUGCGUUCUCUCGCCCGGGCACAUCGACCCCACACCACCUGGCAGGCCAGGGACGAGUCCGCCGCCCUCGCGAGUCCCAUCACCAUCGUGAGUCCCACCGCGAUGGCAGACCUCACCAUCCUGAGGCGUUCCAAGACUUCCAUGACAACGCCUCCUCCCACCACUCCCCGCACGCUCCCCGCGGUGGCGGUGGCGAGGCCCACCGUCAAGGCGGAGCCCACCCCUCCCCAUCCCAUGGCACCGUCCUCUCCCACCAGAACUAUGAGGAGGACCCCUUUGACAAGGAGCAUCGUCAUGGUAGCAGGAGCCAUCCCAGGGGACCCCAGCACCCCAAAGAGUCCCACCCCUCUGGGGGGCCCCACCGCCCCAGGGAGUCCUACCACCAUGGCGAGUUUCAACACCCUAGCGGGUUCCAUCACCCAGGUGAGCCCAACCACCAUAAAGAGUCCCCCCAGCCUGGUGCCCCCCACCACAGUGAGGCCUCUCGUCACGGCGGGCACCAUCAUCACAAAGCCCAGCACCACGGAAGGUCUCCCGUCAUGGGGUCCUACCACCAAGGCCUGCCUCCCUCCCACGACGAGCACCACCAUGGCCACCGUGGUCACCACGGGGAGCGCCACCCCAGGGAGCGCCACCCCAAGCAGCGCCACCACAGCGUGCACCCUGACGGCUACCUCCAGGGAGACCCCCUCUAUGAGGCGUUCCACCGCGGUGACUCCCACCUCUUUGACUCACACAUGUUCUCCAGUGAGGGCUCAGCCUCCCUCGGCUCGUCCUAUUUUCACUCAAUGGCCCUCCGACCCAUCGAGCCAGAAAAGAAGAGCUCGGCCUUGACCUUGGUUCAGUCCGGGGGCAGAGUUCGCGCACCCUCCUCCCAGACCUCCAGCAGAGUCCACCCGCAGGAGUCCUCCUCCAAAACCUCCGAAAGCUGGCCUGAAGAGGACGAGCAGAUUCAGAACCGCAAAACUGGCCGAGUCCCAAGACCCCACAAGAAGUUGCACCCUGUGGACCUCUGCUACUGUCUGUGGGAAAAAUUAAGUCACAUCCUUUGGGGCCUGCAGAGGAUGCUCAGGAAACUGACCGAGUCCCUGGCCUUUGAAGCCUUCAUCGUCUUCAUCAUCUGCCUCAACACUGUCAUGCUCGUGGCCCAGACCUUCGCCGAGGUCGAGAUCCGGGGCGAGUGGUACUUCAUGGCUUUGGACUCCAUCUUCCUCUGCAUCUAUGUAGUGGAAGCUGUGCUCAAGAUCAUUGCUCUGGGCUUCAAGUAUUUUUGUGACCCCUGGAACAACCUGGAUUUCUUCAUCAUGGCCAUGGCUGUGCUGGACUUCACGCUCCUGCAGCUCUACUCUCCCUCUCCCACGCGCGCGGUCUACAGCCUGAGUGUCUUCCGGAUCUUCAAGGUCUUUAAGAGCCUGCGAGCCUUGCGGGCUAUUCGGGUCCUGCGGAGGCUCAGCUUCCUGACCAGCCUCCAGAAAGUGACGGGGACCCUGGCCCGGUCCUUGCCGUCCAUCACCGCCAUUCUCAUCCUCAUGUUCACCUGCCUCUUCCUCUUCUCCGUGGUGCUCCGAGCACUGUUCCGCCACUCGGACCCCAAGCGCUUCCAGAGCAUCCUCACCACCAUCUUCACGCUCUUCACCCUGCUCACCCUGGACGACUGGUCCCUCAUCUACCUGGACAGCCGGGCCCAGGGCGCCUGGUACAUCGUCCCCAUUCUCAUGAUUUAUAUCAUCAUCCAGUACUUCAUCUUCCUCAACCUGGUGAUCGCCGUCCUGGUGGAUAACUUCCAGAUGGCCCUGCUCAAAGGCCUGGAGAAAGAGAAGCAGGAGGCUGCCCAGAUCCACGAGAAGCUGCUGGAUGACUCGCUGACGGAGCUCAUCGAGGCAGAGCCAGAGGAGGCGAUGAGCGAACACACCAUGCAGAAGCAGCUCAUUGAGAAAAAAUUUGGAAGCUUGACUGAGAGGCAGCAGGAGCUCCUGUUCCACUUCCUGCAGCUGGUGGCGGGGGUGGAGCAAUACCAGCAGAAAUUCCGCUCCCAAGCCUCCGUCAUCGAUGAGAUUGUGGACACUGCCUUUGAGGCUGGAGAAGAGGACUUCAGGAAGUGACCCUCCAAGAGAGUCUGGGUCCAGACGUCAGCCCCUGCCCACCGGGUGGGUCGGGACAAGUCCCCAGAUCUGCUGGAAAGAUCGUUGGGCCUGCAGGCCUGGGCACCAACAGAGUUUUAAAACCCCAA